AUGGCUUCGACCAACCCUGUAGGCAAAGCUAAGCCAACGACUUCGACUGGCAAGGAGCUCAAGAAGCUUCUUGACGAGAACAAGGAUGCUGACCAGCCUGGAGUUUCUAUCUUGGACAAUGCAACCAAGCAAAGCCUCACAGAUAAACUCCUGGCCAGGCUUUCUGAGCAGGAGGAAGCCCUCGAAAAGCAGCGCCGAGUUCUGAAGAAUACCUCUGGCAACACCGGAUUCUACACUGCCGCGUUCGACAACGGCCCUACUAGCAGUUCUGUCCCUGUCACUCCUGACAUCGAGGACCACAUCAUGAGAUCUCCGUCUACCAGACCCGCCAGUGCCGCCCACACGGACUCCCACCACGGACCUAGCAACGCUCAGAGUGGUCCCAGUAAAGACGCAGGCGGUUUAGAUGAGGUUGCUCGUCUCAAGAUGGAACUCGCCAGAGCCAAGAGCCAGAUCUCCCGUCUGGACCAGGAGCUUGCCCAAACCCGCGACAUCACCAAGGAGGUCCAGAAUGAGCUCACUUCGAAGCCCGAACUUUCGAUUGAAGGGGAAUAUAUCCCUCGUGGCCCUGACAUCCACCGUCGCGAUGACUUUUGGGGCGUCUGUGACGAGGAGCAUUCCGAUGCCACUAACGCCAUAGCUGGCGGUGCCUCCAAUCGUGUAGGGGCGCCGUGGGGCAACUCUAAAGGUCCUUGGCAGGGGCUCAAUAUUGCGGAGCCUGUUCCCGAGCCCCUCUCGACCGCGAACAACUGGUUUGCUGGCAGUCGAGGCUUCAAUCACGGAUUCAUGGAUCCCAAUGGUCCUUACUCCAUGGUGGACGGGUCUCGAACGGAGUCAAUGACUCCUGAAUCUGACAUUCUUAUGCGUCCCUUUGCGGGUCGACGCACCAGCCACUUUAGUAGCCGUUACAGCUCUCCUCACCCUUAUAGCGGCAGUACCUACGGGGGUUAUAGUCCCGCUCCCAGUCAGUUCGAUGCCAUGGCCGGCCCGGCCAACGGUGGUCCCGGGAGCUUGGUGCCGUCCUGCAACGUCGGAAUGAACACCUACCCCUCGUUUAACCCGCAAGCAAUUGGCACGCGCCUUUCUCCUCAUGCCACUGAAUUUCAGACCAAUGUGGGUUGGAAGGAUGAGUCCACUGGAGCAGAAGGCCAGACCUACCUUCCCACGACCGAGCCCUUGAAUUACCGUCGACUUCUCGACCGCAAUGCCAACUGCAAUUGGAAGUACAUCGUGGACAAAAUUGUCUGCAAUAAUGAUCAGCAAGCCUCCAUCUUCUUACAGCAGAAGCUCAAGGUUGGUACUUCGGAACAGAAGUAUGAUAUCGUCGAGGCUAUCAUUGCCCAGGCCUAUCCCUUGAUGGUCAACCGUUUCGGAAACUUCCUCGUCCAGCGCUGCUUCGAACAUGGCACUCCAGAGCAGGUCGUCAAGAUCGCUGAGGCCAUUCGUGGCAACACGCUCAAUCUCUCCAUGGACCCCUUUGGGUGCCACGUUGUUCAGAAAGCCUUCGAUUCUGUUCCCGAAGACUACAAGGCCAUCAUGGUUCAUGAACUUCUGCGUCGCAUCCCCGAGACGGUCAUUCACCGAUAUGCCUGUCAUGUUUGGCAGAAGUUGUUCGAGCUGCGAUGGUCUAAGUCGCCUCCGCAAAUCAUGAAAUAUGUCAACGAAGCUCUUCGCGGAAUGUGGCAUGAGGUAGCCCUUGGAGAAACCGGAAGUCUUGUGGUCCAAAACAUUUUUGAGAAUUGCCUGGAAGAGGACAAGCGGCCUUGCAUUGAAGAGGUCCUUGCCAACAUAGACAUUGUUGCUCACGGUCAGUUUGGAAACUGGUGCAUCCAGCAUAUCUGCGAGCAUGGAGCUCCUGCCGACCGCGGCCGUGCGGUGGACCAUGUCAUUCGAUAUGCUGCCGAGUAUAGCACCGACCAGUUCGCCUCCAAGGUGGUCGAGAAGUGCCUCAAAAUCGGAGGUACCGAGUUCCUUACCCGCUACCUCGACCGGGUGUGCGAGGGACGCCGAGACCGCCCCCGAAUCCCGCUCAUCGACAUUGCCAGCGACCAGUACGGUAAUUAUCUGAUUCAGUACAUUCUCACCCACGCCAGUCCUCAGCACCGCGAGAUCGUUGCUGCCCAUAUUCGGAAGCACAUGGUUUCCCUACGUGGCUCCAAGUUUGGCUCGCGCGUCGGCAUGCUCUGCACCAACCCAGCUGUGACAACACGUCCCGGCCCGGGUGUUGGACCUGCCAUACCUCGCAUGGGCGGAGGUAACCGUGGAUUCGGGAACCCUUAUCGCUGA